GCAUGGCACGCAUCCUCGUGAUUACCCCCACCGAGAUCACCACCAUGGGGAGCACCGUCAUGGAAGCUCCCAACUCUUUGGCUCGUACAUGCCCCACACCGUGACCUUAGGCUCCCUCGGCUCUGCCUAUUCUCGUCCAGCAGUCUUCCAGCCUAGCAAGCCAGGCCGAAAGACCUCUGCCUUCAGCGUGGCUCGUUCCCUCAGCACAGUGAACUUGCACCCCUCCGAGACCUCCAACAAAGUCUGUCCUCAGGACUCCUCCUCUAAGACCUCAGAAAGCUGCCCUGAAGAAGAUGGGCAUGUUCAGAAGCGCAAAGAUGGCCGAGCCCCACGGACCCACAAGAAGGUGCACUCUUCGGAUUUCUUGUAUUGGUUGUGGGAAAAAUUAAGCCACCUUAUUUGGGGCCUUCGGAGAAUGCUGAGGAAACUGGUUGACUCCCUGGCCCUUGAAACCUUCAUCAUCUUCAUCGUCUGCCUCAACACCAUCAUGCUUGUGGCGCAGACCUUCGCUGAAGUCGAGAUCCGGGGCGAUUUCUUCAUCAUGGUAAUGGGUGUGGUGGACUUCACGCUCAUACAGGUCAACUCUUCCUCCACGCGUGCGAUCCACAACCAAAGCAUCUUCCGCAUCUUCAAGGUCUUUAAGACCCUGCGAGCCUUGCGCGCGAUCCGAGUCCUUCGGAGGCUCAGAUUCCUGACCAACCUCCAGGAAGUGACCGGAACCCUGGCCCGGUCCUUGCCGUCCAUCACUGCCAUCCUCAUCCUCAUGUUUACCUGCCUCUUCCUGUUCUCUGUGGUACUCCGGGCACUGUUCCGCUACUCUGAUCCCAAACGCUUCCAGAACAUCUUCACCACCAUCUUCACCCUCUUCACCAUGCUCACCCUGGACGACUGGUCCCUCAUCUACCUAGACAGCCGGGCCAACGGAGCCUGGUACAUCAUCCCCAUUCUCAUGAUCUAUAUCAUCAUCCAGUACUUCAUCUUCCUCAACCUGGUGAUUGCUGUCCUGGUGGAUAACUUCCAGAUGGCGCUGCUCAAAGGCCUGGAGAAAGUGAAGCAGGAGAAGGCGGCUGAGCUCCAUGAAGAGCUGCUGGAUGACUCAGUGACAAAGCUGAUGGAAGCAGAGCCUAAAGAGGUGCUAAGUGAACACACUAUACAGAAGCAGCUCAUUGAGAAAAAAUUUGGAGCCCUGACUGAGAAGCAGCUGGAGACCCUGUUCCACUUCCUGCAGCUGGUGGCUGGUGUGGAGCAUUACCAGCUGAAAUUCCGCUCCCAGGCCGCUGUCAUCGAUGAGAUUGUGGACACCACAUUCGAGGCUGGAGAAGAGGACUUCAGAAAGUGACCCCCAGAGAGGCAGCCUGGGUCCAGACUUCAGCCUCUAGCUGCCUAUCCACCGACUCCGGCCAAGCCCCCAUAUCCGCUGGAAGGAUCACUGGGUCUGCAGGGGUGGGGGGCGGGGGGAGGCGGCCAAGAGAGUUUUGAAACCCCA